CUCUCACGUACGAACUUUCCCACACGGAAAAAUCAAGAAGAACGGCGGCAACUAACAAUGGAGGAAAUACAGCACCGAACAAUCCCCGUCAACGGCAUCAGCAUGCACGUGGCCGAGCUCGGCGAGGGCCCACUGGUCCUCUUCCUCCACGGCUUCCCGGAGCUCUGGUACUCGUGGCGCCACCAGAUGGUUUUCGUGGCGGCGCGUGGAUACCGCGCGGUGGCGCCGGACAUGAGGGGCUACGGCGACACCACCGGCGCCCCCCUCGACGACCCCUCGAAGUUCACCCUGCUCCACCUCGUCGGAGACCUGAUCUCGCUGCUCGACGCGGUCUCGCCGAAUGGUGCAGACAAGGUGUUUGUUGUUGGGCAUGACUGGGGUGCUUUUGUUGCUUGGCACUUGUGCAUGUACAGGCCUGAUAGAGUGAAGGCUCUGGUGAAUUUGAGUGUUGCUUUUAUUCCCAGGGAUCCUGAGAUGAAUCCAGUCCAGAAGAUGCGGAGUUUGUAUGGUGAAGAUCAUUAUAUCUGCAGAUUUCAGGAGCCUGGUGAUAUAGAAGCCGAGUUCGAAAAAAUUGGCGUUAAAGAAGUCCUCAAAAACAUCCUUGCUUUUCGAAACCCCGCUCCACUUUACUUUCCCAAAGGCAAAGGCUUUACCUAUUCUGCCGACAGGGCACCAUGGCUAACAGAGGAGGAGCUCGACUAUUACGUCACCAAAUUCGAAAAAACUGGUUUCACAGGAGGAAUCAAUUAUUACCGCGCCUUUGGCUUAAGCUGGGAGCUGAAUGCACCGUGGGCUGGAGCUCAAGUAAACGUGCCGACAAAGUUUAUCGUCGGGGAAUUGGAUCUAGUCUAUCAUACUCCAGGCACUAAAGAUUUUAUACACAAAGGUGGGUUCAAGAAAUUCGUGCCUUUACUGCAAGAAAUCGUGGUUUUGGAAGGCGCUGCUCAUUUCGUCAAUCAAGAAAGGGCCGAUGAGAUUAACCAACAUAUCUAUGCUUUUCUUCAGCAGUUUUAAGAUGAUUCUCUUCGUAAUUUACACGGAGUUCUUUCGCUGAGGAAAUGUCUAUAUAUAUAUAUAUAUAUAUAUAUAUAUAUAUAUAUAUAUAUAUAUAUAUAUAUAUAUAUAUAUGUGUGUGUGUGUGUGUGUGUGUGUGUGUUCUGAAUAAAUGAGAAUAAGAGGUCAUGUGUAGGCUUCAUGCUUUUGUGUUCAUAACUUAUCAUAAGCAAAUAUAUAUUGAAGCUUUUCUUGUUAUUUUA